GACGUUGCAUCCUUAUCGCAUGUCUCCUUGCCUUAUCAAGAUACGCAAAAAUGAGUCGUAUAAAGACCCGGCAAAAUUUUUUUCUAGCCGUGCGGCCACUGACGGAAAACGGCGAGUAAGUAACGUUCACCGAUGCCACGUGAUCGAACUGUUUUCGCUUAUCAAACGCGUUUCGAGUGUUCCGACCGUAAUCGAGACACAUUGGUGAAAUUGUUUUUUGGGUUCGGUGCGUUUUUGGGCUGGGUUCGCGGAUAAAAUGGAUAAGGGCGAGAACGAAGGGCGGCAGGGAGUCGCCGUGGCCGCCGAUGAGGCGGACAAUUCCGACAACGACAAGCACAGUGACGACAGUUUGGAGUGCGACCGUUUAAGGACGAAGGAUUCACAUUCCGAUAAUAGCAAUAGUGAUUAUUGUGACAGUUUGGACGGUUCUGAUGGUGUGCCUAAAGUUAAGGGCAGUUCGGAGUUGAACAACAACCUGGUGCAACUGGACGGUGUGACCUGUACUGAAUCCAGUGAUCAUGUCGAAACUCUAAGUUCUCAUCAAGUACAUCAUGAGGAUAUAAUUGCACAUAUUUUACAAAAAGAAAACGAUAAUGCGGAGGCGCGGCUGUUCGCCAAGCGCCAGGCACGCGCCGAGGCCCGAGAGAUCAGGAUGCGGGAGCUGGAACGGCAGCAGAAGGAGCAGGAGGAGAACGCCGACCGGCAGUUCGACAUGCUGGCCGCGUCCGAUCCCGUGGGGGCGGCCGGUGCGAGGAUCGCCGCCUCGCGACCGGCCGUCGUAGGGGCGGGCGCCGCGGUCGUCGCCAACCACCGGUACCUGUCGUCGCGACGCAGCAGCGAGGACUCGCUGGAGGACGGUGGCGGCGCGACUCUCAGGGACAUCAGGAAUGAGAUGAAGGAACUCGAGGAGAAGUUUCGGAAGGCGAUGAUCGCAAACGCUCAAUUGGAUAACGAUAAAUCUGCUCAAACAUAUCAACUGGAACUUUUGAAAGAUAGGUUAGAAGAAUUGGAAGAGGAACACUCGCAGCUGCGACGCGAACACCGCGACAAGUGCCGGGAGCACGAACAGCUGAAGAGGGUGUGCGGCAAGCUGAAGGACGACCUGGCGGUGACGAGGUACGAGCUGGAGGAACGCGACCGGCUUAUUGCCGAAAAGGGCCUGGUGAUAGUGGGUGAGGACUCGCCGCCGGACGAGGAAGGCGCCACGACGCCCCGAAAGGCCCUCGUCACCGCCGAGAACGCCCAGCUGCUCAGGGAGGCGGGUGACGGCAGUUUAGAUGUGCGGUUAGAGAGGUUCGCCAAGGAGAAGACGGAGCUCCAAGAUCAAAUUAGUCACUUAAAAUUAGAAUUAGAGGAGGAAAGGAGUAAACGGCGAAAGUCCAGUGCGGCCGGAAGCCUCAACGGACCGCUGUCGGACUAUGACACCGACGAUCUCCAAAGAGAGGCGAGCAAACAGCUGGCCGAUUGGAAGUUCAGAGCCCAGAAGGCGGAGCAGGACGUUGCGACGCUGCAGGCGACGGUGGCGCGGCUUGAAAGUCAGGUGAUACGGUACAAGACCGCCGCCGAGAUUUCCGAACAAUCCGAGGAGGCUCUAAAAUCGGAGAAACGCAAAUUGCAGAGAGAGGACUCUUUGACAGAAUCUAAUUCUAAUGUCGAAAUAGACUCACAAUCAGAUUCAAUCGACAACGACUCAGACUCUUGGCCAGAGAAGCAAUGUCAAGAGCCGAAGAACUAGAGACGUCCAACACGCAUCUGCUGAAGCGACUAGACAAAUUGAAAAACGCAAAAUCGGCGCUCUUGAAAGAACUUUGACAGUCCUCCAGGACCUAGUUGCUCUCAGGAUCUGUUAUUGUUUACGUUGCGGUCCCGUCGAGUUAAAAAGUGAGGUGGAAAAAAUUUCAGCAUAUGAACGAGGAUAGUCAUAACUUUUUUUAACUAAACAAUAUUUUUAAUUUAUUUUAAUUGUGAAUAGAUACGUUUUAAUGUGUUUUAACCGUUCAUUUUUAUAUAGUUACGCGAAAGGUAUAUUUUUUGUUAAUAGUAAAUAAUUGUGCAUAAUAGGACAUGUGCAGGACUGUUUCGUGUUUCUAUAGCCAAGUGGGUUCCAUUUAAAAUAUUAUCAGUACUAAAUUGAAACUAUUUUAAAUGCCUAGACACUCCAGAAAUACGGAAUACACUGUAGGAUCAUAUGAUAUUGAUCACAGCUUUUUUAAUGAAUCAGUGCCUAAAUGUGUAGCCCAGUAAUUAAUCAGUGAGUACAUUCUACAUCAAUUAAAAGUGUUGAAUAGUAAAUAAUUGUUUUAAACAAUCCACAUUUAUUUAUUUCGUGUUUCAUAAAUGAGAUUUGUCAAUAUACUGUAUUUAUUUGUUUAGAUUAUAGGACUAUUUCUUUUUUGUAAAUAUGUGUAUUUUGUCUCAGGAUUGAGUAUUUAUACCAAUAUAUCAAUUUGUGAAAUGUGUGAAUGGUCGAAUUAGGUAUUUGACGGUUUGGACGUUUCUUAAGAGCUUUCUUUGCUAAUUAAAUACUUUUACAGAUUGUUGCAAAAUUAUGCCAGAUAAACUUUGGACUGGCACGCCACUCUAAACGUAAAUGAGCCAUUUUCGUUCGAAAAUUUUGCUGCAUUCUGUACAAUGAUUGUAGGAAAUAUUCCUACUGGCUCAAUAGUUUUUUACUAAAACACCACUAGCAUCAAAUUAUUCCAUAUAAUUAUUUAUGUUAUUUUUUUUACCUUCUUUUUCUUAUACUCAGACGCGAACAAAUUACUACUUUCAUUAUAAUGAAAGGUAAAGAAAAUGAACAUAAAUUAAGAGUAGACCAUAUUUUGUUGUAUUUUAUAAAGUCAUUUUGUGAUUUUAUCGCUUAUUUUUUCAAAUUGUAACAGCAAUUGUAAAGUAACGCUUAAAUUUAUAUGUACAUAUGAAAUAUGUGAUUUCUGUUUAUACAUCAAUAAUCAUUUGGUAAAAGGUAAAAAAUAAACUAAUUUAUAAAAAC